AUGAGUCCAUCUGCAGUGACUGUUGUGAAAUAUUUGUUUUCCAAGAAGACGUCCAACAUCGCCACGAAGGGACUUUCCCCGCGGUCGAGCACGCAGUCGUUGGUGGCGACGAAUUGCUGCAGCAGCGCGCCUUCGGAGGAUAAAAUCCCCACUUCUGCAGCAGCAGCAGCAGCAGCAGCAGCAGCAGCAGCAGCAGCAGGUGGCGGGCGAGCGGCAGCGGUGCCGGCGGGAGCUGAAGCAGCAGCGGAUGCUGGGUAUACAGAUAGUGUGCAGGCAGCAGCUGCUGCUGCCAGCUCGGAGGGCGGCGCUGCUGCUGCUGCUGUUGCUGCUGCUCAAGCUGCCAGAGUAACAGCAGCAGCAGCAGCAGCAGGGCCCCCGCUGCAGCAAAAGCACCACCAAGCCAGCAGCACCAGCAGCAGCAACACCAGCAGCGCCGACACGAGCAGCAGCAGCAGCAUAAACAGCAGCAGCGCCAACAGCAGCAGGAGCAUAAACAGCAGCAGCGCCAACAGCAGCAGCAGUAGCAUCUCCAGCAGCAACAGCAGCAGUGCCACCACCGCAAGCAGCAACAGCAGCAAGAGCAGCAGCAGCAGCACAGCAGCGCCACCACCACCAGCAAUAGCAGGGUCAACAGCAGCAACAACAGCAACACCAGCAGCAGCAACAACAGCAGUAACAACAGUAGCAGCAGCAGGAACACCAGCGGCAGCAACAGCAUCAACAGCAACAGCAACGCCAGCAGCAGCAACAGCAACAGCAGCAGCAGCAAAGACAGCAGCAGCAGCAGCAGCAACACCACCAACAGCAGCAGCAGCAACAAAAGUAGCAACAACAGCAACACCAGCAGCAGCAGCAGCAUCAACAUCACCAACAACAGCGACGCCAGUAACAGGAACAGCAGCAGCAACAGCAACAGCAGCAGCAGCAGAGACAGCAGCAGCAGCAACAACAACAGCAACACUAGCAGCAGCAACAGCAUCAACAGCCCCAACAACAGCAACGCCAGCGGCAGCAACAGCAGCAGCACCAGCAGCAGCAGGAAAAACAGCAGCAGCAACAGCAACACUAGCAACCGCAGCAACAGCAGCAGCAAAAAUAGCAACACCAGCAGCAGCAACAGCACCAAAAGCACCAACAACAGCAGCGCCAGCAGCAACAACGCCAGCAACAACACCAGCACCAGCACCAGCAGCAGCACCAGCAGCAGCAGCAGCAGCAGGAGCACCAGCAGCAGCAGCACCAGCAGCAGCACCAGCAGCAGCACCAGCAGCAGCAGCAGCAGCAGCAGCAGCAGCAGCAGCAGCAGCAGCAGCAGCGCUACCUAUGACGGGAGGCACGUUCUCUGGAAAGAGCGAAGAGCCCCACAGCAUUGUCCCAUCUCCUCCGAUGCAAAUCACAAAAUCCACAGAGUCCCCCAGGCCUGCGGGGGGGCGAGAAGCAGCAGCAGCAAGAGCAGCAGCAGCAGCAACAGCAGCAACACAACGGCAGCAGCAGCAGCAGCAGCAGCAGCAGCCGCAGCAGCAGCAGCAGCAAGCGCAACAGCAGCAGCUGCAACAGCAGAAGGCGCAGACGCAACCCCAACCGCAGCAACGGCAAAGAGAACAGCAGCAGAAGCAUCCGGAGCAGCGCCAACAACUGCAGAAACAGCAGCAGCAGCAGCAGCAGCGGCAACAGCAGCAGCAGCAGCAGCAACAGCAGCAGCAGCAGCAGCAGCAAAUAAGGCCCACCGCCUGA